UGGGAAGAAAGAUAGAAGUCCAUAAGGGAGAAAGAAAAAAGACGAAGUUCACUGCGGUUAAAGAUCCUCCGGCGAAGAGAAAUAAAACCUUUCCGUGCUCCGUGACUCCGUUUGCGCUCGCAAUUGACCCUCGCAAUAGCCAAUAGAGGCGUCAAUUGGCUUCCGUCGACGAAGAGGCGGUCGUCGAUCGUCUUUCAGCGUUGGCCAAGUACGAACUAGGAACGAGGCUCCAGCUUUCCAUAUCCUGAUUCCAGGUCUAGACACUCUGGCUUCCUCAGCAAACGAACAGCGAGAUCUAUUGACUCCAGCUCCCUUUAAUUCUUUGUUCCAACUAGAGACAUAAAGACAUGCUAGGGUUUUCAUACGGAGAGUUGUUUCUAUUGCUUGGAGCUACUGCGGCUUUAAUUGGACCUAAGGACCUUCCAGUCAUAGCAAGAACUGCUGGGAGGUUAUCUGGCCGUGCUAUUGGCUAUGUUCAAAUGGCCCGUGGUCAAUUUGAGAGUGUCAUGCAGCAAACUCAAGCUCGACAGGUCCAUAAAGAGCUACAAGAUACAAUUGCUCAAUUAGAAGCCAUACGACAUGAAAUCCGAACCAUUUCUUUUGUGAAUCCGGGUCCAUUAACCACAAGGCUAGUUGAUAACAUAAAAAACCACCCACCCACUGCUGGUGCUGGUACAUCGGUGGAAAAUGGACCUGAAAAGUCUGAAAGUAAGGGCACAACUAUCAGUAACACACCCAAGGAUUGUAACUUUAAGCCCUCAACCCCUUCUGAUAUGAACAGUCAAGCAACAGCAUAUGCAAAACUCGCUGAAAUCACAUUAUUAAAACCCAAGUAUGAAAACUGCGAAGCUCUGGAUGAAGUUCCGGAUAAAUCUGGUAAUCUUGUGCUUCCAGUCUCUGCUAAAAGUGCAGGUCUGUUGCCUGAUCAUACAGGGAGGUUGCAUGAAUUUUCCCUUGAUGUUUAGGCAGUGGCAUGAACUUACCCUUCAACUCCGGGCAUGACCUUAACUGAAGCAAAGGGAUCUGACAUUGUGCUAGAAGCUAUUAUAGAGGCAGAUGUGGCACAAAAUGCAAAGAAGUUUUUCUCACAGCCCCAAAAUCAAAUGAAAUGUGAAUAGAGGUACCUGGUUAUUCAAUAUAAUAGUGUAGCUAUUCAGAUUAACCGUUUGAUUGUGUGACAUCUAUCGCGUCUGAUGGCUUGGGAAGUGUAUUGAUUUGCAAAACUAGGUCAUUUCACCCCAGAUUACCUUCUUGGAGUUCUCACUAUGAUUAGAAUGUCCUUUGGUCCUAACAUAUCAAAAUCCUAGCUCAGCACACAUAAUUCAACGUAUGAAGUAUGUAAAACUACUCGGUUAACAACCUCAACUGAUAUGUAGGUGUUAGGAACUGGAAACAGGAAUGUCAGGGCAAAGUUAAAUUCUGGGUUAAUCAAAGACACAAAUUUACCGUCUCUAUAGAGGAAGAGUACCCAUUAGAGUUGAAGUAGCUCUGAGAAAUGGAAAGAACUCUGCAUAUGAAAAGAGUUUUAAGCAGUGAGAUAAGGCAAUGUUUUGAGGAGCCCUAAAAAACUGUAGGUGGAUGAGGAAGACCAGAUGCGUAGGCGUAGCUUCUCAGCAGGGUCUAGUAGUAGUUAGGCAGGGAUCUUAAAACUGUCAGUUAUAUACCCAUUCUCACAUGUAUUUUUUGUUUCUGUUUUAUUUCUAUCUUCUUAAUGAAUGGAGAGUAUAUUUAUCCAAUACAGUCAUGUUAUAUCGUGAAAAACUAAAAGCGAUACUAUCAACAUGACCAAGAAGGCAUCCACUAUUUUUUUCUUUCUAUUCCGUAUCAGUGUACGAUCAAUGCCA